ACGUGAGUUUAGUGUCGAAAAAGUGUUUUUCCUAGUUUUUUCUGAAUAUUUUGAUAAAAAAACAUUUAUAAAAUGGUUCGUAAGUGUCAUGCAUGUGGUAAAUUGGACUCAUACAACCCCAAUUUGAGUUUUCACAGAUUUCCUUCUGAUAUUGAGAGAAAGAAUAUAUGGCUUUCAAUUUUGGGCUUAGAUGAUACAAGAAACUUGCCACAGAAUAUGUUCUUAUGUUCAGAACAUUUUGAACCCAAAGAUUUUGGUUUUCGGGUGAAUGGUACCAAAUAUCUUAAAAAUGAUGCCAAUCCUAUUCUAAUGAAACAAUUCUUUGGACUUACGUCUUCAAGCUCCAGUUCCACUGUGAAUGAAACUCCCCCAAGUGCUAAAAGAGAUCAACUUCCAUCCCUUGAUGAAGAAAUUUAUCAGAAUAUAGAUGCUAUUGCUUGUUCUCCGAAGAGAAGGUAAAACUUGUAUUUAUUGUUACAUUGCAGACUAACCAUAUUUUGUGUAAUUUUUGUUUUCAGUGUUGAAAAUAUUGAAUCUCCUGUUGUAAAACUGGAACAACCAGUUGAAAAGUUCGAUUUAAUGCCUUCCAGCUCUACCGAGAAACCAACUUCAUCUAAAAUUAGAAGGGGAAGGUAAAUAUUUUAUUCAAACGCUCUGCCCAACAAUAUAUUUUAUUAACUGUUCCUAUAAGUUCAUGACUAAUUAUACUGUUUCAUUUAAGAAAGAGGGCUUAUGUGGGAGAAAUACAUACCAGUGAUUUUUCUACACCUGAGAAAAGGAAAAGGAAUAUGAAUAUUAUAAGGAAGA